UUAUUAAAUAUAACGAAACAAUUUUCGUGGCAACAAAGAUUAGUCUAAAAUCCAGAUUUGCCUAGAAAAUCGAUCAUUACGAAAAGACACAUUGUCUACACAACAACGUAGAAAAAGCUUUAAAUGGAAGCAAGAAAUGUAAUGUUUACAUGGAGAUAUUUCACCCGUUAAGUUUAAGCAACCGAUCUCGAGCAGGCGUUGCAUAACCGCGUUGGACCGAUCGAAAUCGACGAAUCGCCAAGCCUUGAGCGGGUUAAGGAGACGUUACUUUCGCAACUUUCGCAAAGAGGCAGGAACCACUGCUUCCUUAAUAUCGAUUAUUCUCCCGUUCGAUAUAUAAUCCGGGAGUGAUAGCCGGAUUAAUCAUACCGAACGCAGCGUCCGAGUCGAACGUUUCGAUAUUAUACCAUCGAUCGAAUCCCUACCGAUCACCCACCCCCCCACCAUCAUGAAGUCUCGACUCGCGAUUUCUCUACUGUUGGCGUUUGUCCUCUGCCAGUUCGUCUCGAUCGUUGCUCGAGAGAUCGAUAAGAGAUCGUACGAUGACCUAGCCGUGGCCGCGACUCAUCAUCACCACGAGGAGGGCGGUGGUGAGGAGCACCACUCCGAUCACCAUAGCAAGCACGGUGACCACGGUGACAAGGGUUACAAAUCGUCUCAUCAUCACGAGAAAGGGGAGAAGGGACACCACGACAAGGAUCAUCACAGCGGUCAUUACGACGAGGACGAGGGUCACAAGAAGAGCCAUCAUCACGACGAUGGUUAUUACGCGGAGCAUCAUAAGGGGGAGAAGGGGGAGAAGGGUCACAAAUUCCACGAGGAGGGGCAUUAUGGGAAGGGGCACAAAACGAAAGGACAUCACGAGAUUCAUAAACUGGACGAGUUCAAGAAAGACAAGGAAUUCUUCGACGAACACCACGAUUCAGGACACCACGAGGAUCACGGUGGCCAUCAUCACGAGCACGGGCACAAGAAGGGUGGACAUUUCAAGAAGGGACAUCACGAUCAUGAGGAGCACGAGGAUCAUUAUGGGAAGAAGGGACACUUCGAGAAGGGGCACCAUCAUCACGAUGAUAAAGGACAUAAGAGCGAAGGUGGACACGAGGAACAUCAUUCUCAUCAUUCUCAUCAUGGGAAGAAAGGGGGACACGAUGAUCACAAAUCAUGGGGAUUUAAGAAAGGGCAUUAAGAAUGAUUUUUAUCGAUUGUUAUGUUUGUUGAACGCUGUGUUACGUUGAUCUUUGUAUCUGAUCGAAAAUAAAUGUAUUUUUGGAAACGAUUUUUUCAUGUUUCCUUCCUGUUAUUCAGUUAUUUUGUAGUCAAAUAUUUUUU